GGAAACUCACAGCAGCACUUCUCGGCACAGAAGCAUCAAAUAUGGUUCUGAUCAAACUUCUUAUUUUCACUUUGACUUUUUAUCAACUUAUUGUUGAUUUGGACGCUAUAACUUGCCCGAAAGGUCACAAAGUAAAGAGAAUCAGUAGCAGUAGCAGUGGAGACUGUGAAGUCUGUCCCGAUGGAUCUUUCCAGCCUGAAGAAAAUAAUUCUCUUCUGUGCCGUGCAUGUACAAACUGUGAAAAAAAUCGGGGGAGCGUUGUGAAACAGAAAUGCACGAAAGAGACAGACACGAAAUGUGAGUGCCGUGGAAAUUUUGUCGCCUGGGACAAGACCUCUUCCACUUGCAAAUGUGACAUUGGAUUUGAACUAAGACAUGAAGAAUGUUUCAAAUGCAAAGAGGCACAUUUCAGCCAUCGAAUCAACUCACCUGUCUGUCGAGAGUGGAAAAAAUGUGAGUCAGGGGAGAAAAUUGGUGGAACCAAGACCUCAGAUGUCAUCUGUAAUGAGCUGAGGAUUAACUCUACAUCCUACACCACACGCACACCACCCAAGCAUCCACCUGAGGGGACCCAUACUCAGAACAUGCUCACCACCACCAUGACCACCACCACCACCACCACAGCUCCUCCAGGACACAAAGUCACCCCCAAGCCAAAUGGAAAAAUAGAGCCUUCCCCCAACUCAAACACAGGCAACCACAUUGGUACGGGCCUCAUCAUACUUGGAAUCAUUGGACUGCUUCUUCUCACUGCUGUGACUUGCAAGCUGCACAAUGCCCCUUGUGUGCAGAGAAAACCAGUGCCAACAAAUGACUCAUUGUGUCGGAGGCCAGUUGAGGAGAGUGGCGACAGCAGCCAGUCCUCCUCUCUCAAACUGAAUCCUGGGGAGCCGUGAGGUGAAACUCUCCUUGAAGUGAACUUGUCGACUUAUAAUGUGAAUUUCUGGAUCUGAUGAGCAUCACAUGAAUAACUUAAUUUACUUAUUCCUCAUAUUGUUGGGUUUAACAUGUGUGUACCUGUAUUGUAUCUUGUAUUCACAUUUUGCACCUUGGUCAAUAUUUGACUGUCAUAGUAGAGUAUCCACUGAGUUACCUGAAAGAUAUUUAUGUAACGUUCCUCACUUUUUAUCAUUUUAUUUAUCAGCUUCAAUUUGAAUAGUAAAGUACACUCAAAAAAUCUAUUUUGGGAUUUACUCAAAAAAGUUAUGUCAAGUGCUUCCACACAACUGUGUUUAGUUACUGCUAAGGUACAUUAAUUGGUAAUAUGGAGUCAAUGAAAUCAAAUACAUUAUACACAAGGGAAUUGAGUAGUAAUUUAGGAUGUUUUACUCAAAAUACUGUUUAACUUCAAAUUGAUCACAGGUAGAUUUUUGUGAUAUGUCUGUAACCGUUUUCAAACAGGUUGUAAAAAGCUCUGAUAUUGUUUAUUUUGCUGCUUUUUAUUUUUUUAAGCCUAAUGACCUUUUAUAAUGUGAUAUGGUUCAAUGAGACAAUUUUCUGAGAAAUAUAAAGUGUGAUCAGUAUUGUUGUAGUAAUAAGUAGCACUGAUCCAAACUGUUUGUGAACUGCUAAAGAGCCUUAGAAAAGCAUUUUACUUUAUUCAUUCAGUCCUUGUGUUUCUAUGUCUGUCAUGUUUUGUUUUUCAGUUCUGUUCCACUGGUAUCAUGUCUGUUAAGCUGAAAACAGUAAUGGCAAAAACAUGCUUUCAGUUGGGUUGGGGUAGUUCCCCUUUUGGUGAUAAUGCGCCUCUUUUUCCCACUGAGAAAUACUUCCUGUCACGUCUUCAUUUCAACCUUUGGAGAGACUGACAUUUGUGAGGCUUGUGGGCUUUUGUGUUGUUCAUAACUCACUGGAGACUUCCCCAAAUCACUUUAAUAUGAAAGCAUGUCCUCAUUAUUGCUAUUUGUUUGUGUUUUGAUAAGAAAUUAGAUAUACAAGCCUUCAAAUAAUAGCAUGUACUCUGUAUAGUUCUAAGAUGCCAGUAGAAUCCACACUUCAUCCAACUCAUUUACUUUUUCAACAGCUAUGGUGUUGCAGCACACUUCAAGGAAAAUAAAUGAACUGACAUUUCUUAUUUUUAAAA